CCGAAGGUGUAUCUUCUGACACCGGUUCGACGCAGUGCCAAGCUGGCGACAUGGGACUGACGGGGAAGGAAGACGACCUGCUGCAUGUGAAGGAUGUCCUCCACGACAUGAUCGAGUCCACGAAGCAACUGGAUGCAUUCAUGCAACGUCUAUGCCGAGAGAACCUGGUGGAUGCAUCCAGCAUCCCUGCAGCAUUCGACAGGAACGCCAUGAUGACCUCCACCGACUUAGAGCAGCGUCGGGAUAACAACUCCACCUUGGACAUAUCUUGUCCCAUCGCCUACUUUGAGCGCAUGUCCAAGGACCUCCAAGGCCGACCCGAUGGCUUCAAGCUACCGUUGCAUUUGCUCGUUGAGAAACCGGUCAACUUGAAUGCCAUAUGUGCAAGCGACAUCCGAGGAAGCGACAAGGUGUCAUAUCGCAUCAACGACAUGGCCAUAUCGCCCCGCGCGUCGUUGAAUCAACUCAUGGAAACCCUCGUCGCGCGUCUGUGCGCAGUAAACUGCACCUUGAGCACCGUGGACGCCGACAAGUUGGCGCACUGCCUCGUGUUCGUGUCGCAAGAUGCCGACAAACACAUGGUUCUAGCCGGACAAGCGCUGUUUCCAUCAAUGCUGACGAAAUGCGAGUGGAAGACUGGGUCGAUCAUAGCCCAUAUUGGUGUGAACGUGGGCCUUCAAGAGGAUUCGACUUGGGGCGUGGGAGUUACUAUGGAACUUGACGCCAUCCUUCGGUGCCGACCCAUCGACAACGAGGUCGCCACCAACAUGAGUCCUCCCAUUCGAGCGCGGUACACGUGUGCAUUCCAUCGUGAUACCUCCCAAGGUAAAGAAGAGCGAUUUUGUAUCACACACCACUACGUUGAGCUGAGUGAAAUGAUGCCCACGACGCCGCGAAUGCCGCUGGCGUCAGUUGUACGCAUGCACCAACCACGUGAAAAAGCCGACACUGUCGACGUUUUGGAGCUAGUUCAUAGCUGUGACAGCAUCCCCACUCCGCUUACGUUUCCAUCGCCAUUUGGCCGAACGCGCAUCAUCGCGAUCGCUAGUAGCUCCGUGCACACUUUGUUUUUGAGUGAUCUAGGGCACAUAUAUGCCAAAGGAGCUAGUCUCGACGGUGCAUUGGGGCUCGGGACCCAGCGUUCAGCCACGGAAAUCCCCCAACUCGUCGAGUUUGCUGAAGUUCAAACGAUGGUGAUUCAAGUCGCAGCAGCAGGCGACGACGCCAGUGGUGCCCACUCAAUUGCCGUCACGUCCGAUGGCCAAGUGUAUACAUGGGGCGCGCGGGUGGCCUGUGGCACAAGCGGCCCUCCGCAAUGCGAUCGCCCAGAACAAGUGAUUUUCCCAAUGAAUGCCGUCCAGGGCAUCCAAGUGGCGGCGGGGACGUCGUUCUCGCUCGUAUUAUCCCAGGAAGGACAUGUGUUUGCGUGGGGAAAAUUCCUUCAUGGCCGAUUGGGACUUGGAAAUAUUCCGCCGAAUCGAAUGGCGUCGUCGUCACGAGGCAUUCGACACGACCAACAGCUCCAGAAACUUCCCGCCAAGAUUCCUAAUUUAUCCGGGGUGACGCAGAUUGCAUGCGGGGCCGCCCACUCAGCGUGUGUGACCAGGGGGGGUCAGUUGUGGAUGUGGGGGAAAAAUUCCCACGGACAGCUCGGCCUGGGCCAUUUGACCGACCUGUUUACGCCCACUUUAUUGGGAUUUUUCCCCCCAGCAGACAACAUGACGUCGUCGGCGGCAACUCCUGCCAUGCAACAGGUAGCGUGCGGACCAGAGUUCACGGUAGCACUGGACCAGGACGGCGGCGUCUGGUCGUGGGGCGCUGGUUUGUCUGGCUCGGGGCUACCGGCGUUUACAGCGCCUCCUUCCUCGCUAAAUGACUUGCCACGGUGGAGUUGGCUGCGACCGGCGCGCGUGCUGGCGUUGGGACAUGGCAUUCAGUCGAUUAGUGCUGGGGGUUCCCAUGCUGGCGCCGUCACGUGGCAAGGCGACGCGUUCGUUUGGGGCACGCUGUCGGCUGGAGCCCUUUUUCAAGACGUACCGUUGUUGGUGUGUCCAACUCAAGUCGUGCAAACGAUGGCAUGCCACGACACCAACACGUAUGUGAUUGGAGGCACGACGUUCCUUGGAAAGGCCAUGUUUGACCUCCUGAGUCAUCGAACUCUGUGUGACGUCGUACUUUUGGCGUCAGGAAAACGGCUGGCUGCGCAUCAAAUGGUGUUGUCCCAUCGGUCGUCCGUGCUACGUAACCUCAUGGCCGCGGAAACCUACAGCAAUACCACCAUGCUGCAAGUGAUUUUGCCUCCUUCCAUUCGACACGACAUUUGCGUGCUCGUGCUCGAGUAUAUCUACACCGACACGUUGUUUACCCCCGUGGACCCGACAUCAUGCGUCCCCAUGGACCUCCACCGCGCUGCCAUCGAACUCGACCUUCCAGGGCUCGCUGCUCUCUGCGACCAGUAUAUUACCAUGGACCUAGCAUCAUAUACUUCCUCGUCAAGUGCAUCGUCGUCAGAGCCGUCGUCAAUAUUGACGCCGCAGCUGACGUUUGUGAAUGCGCUGGGCAGUAACGUGUACGCCGACGUGACGCUCUUGGCGGAAUCCCAUGCGAUUCCAGCGCACAAAUGCAUGCUCGUCGCCCGGAGCGAUUACUUUCGUGCGCUAUUUGAUACAAACAUGCGAGAUGCAAAUCUGUCGGUAUUGCCCGUGGACGUAUCGUACGCAACCAUGCAGCGGGUGCUGGCGUUCAUGUACAGCGACGUGUGGACGCCGCCGUCAUCGGACGAAGCGCUGCUGGACGAGCUGGUGGCGGCAGACAAGUAUGGAGUCGCGAGGCUCAAAGUGCUAUGUGAAGCCAAUGCAGUCGUGACGUUGGAGAAUUGCAUGGAGGUGCUCGUGUUGGCCGAUAUGGUUCACGCGAUGCUCUUGUACGAGGUAUAAAAGUCGAAUAUAUCGAGAUUUUAUCGAAAUAAAUAUAUAACAAAGGUCCAUAAAUAACCCACGCACACAGGAAAUACUUGAUUUUUUAUUAUUGAAAAAGACCAAAAAUCGCCCAAUGUCUGUGAUUGGCUGAAUUUUGUAGAAUGCCAUCACGUUUGUGCUCAACCAUCUGCAUGUGCUGGCGGCAGCGCCGUCGUUCAUGCAGGUGGCAGAAGAGUACCCCAAGCUCAUGCACGAGGUGAUCCACCGACCGUCGCGGAACAAGGAGCGCAUGAUGUGGCGGGCAUGGGAACGCGACUACGACAAGGCGACGGCCGACCAACCCCAAAGCAACCCCGCCAAGCUGACGCUGAUGGUGCCGUUUGUGUUCUUGGCGGCGUCCGCCGUGAGUUUCGCGCACGUGUCGGCGCAGCUGCCCCAGUUGGGGUCGUACAUCCCGGCCAUCAACGCCGUCGUGUUUGUCGCGCUCUGCGCCUACUGCUUUCGCGACCUCCUCCAUUGGUAACCUUAGCCUCCGCAACCCCUCCUGUUCACAGACACCAUCAUCCUGCGUUGGGUAGCAAGUAUGUAGAUAGUUUGCCAUGCCUUGAAAGUAAUACGAUUCGACUAGUACGUAGUAUGCUGCGAACGCCCUCUUCGAGUACUUACAUCAUCGUGAAUACCCCUUGGUCCUAAUGGAAGGCAUUGCGCCAUUUCGUGCGACCGUGAAACCUUCAUGAACAAGUCUUCAUGAACAAGUCCAACUCAAAUGCGUUGGGAAUGGGCCGAAGCAACUCCAUCAUGGUGUCGACCGUAAAAGUAGGCGGGGGUACGCUGCCCACGCUUUGUUUUGCCGGGAAGUCGGGUGUGUCGACAGAACAGUUUGCAUGUUGCAAUGGCGUUGGAAUGCCAUUGUCACUGGCUGGGGUGCAUGGGCCUACUCGGUGGAACAGGUGGAGUCAUUGGUUGGGAAGUGUCUGACCGGGGAUACAAGUGGUUGCUUCUAGUGUCUCUGCACUGCCGGCACCUCCAUAUCCCUCCACUGUCGACGGCGGUCGGUUCUCAUGGGACAUAUGCAU